AUGGCAAAGGAGGAUAUUUUCGAUAAACAAUCGCAGAUUGACGCAUUGAAUGUGCUUGAGGCUACUCGUAAUCAAAAAACCGAAGAGUACGUUGAUAGAGUUAAUUCACGCUUGUCAAAACGAACUAAGAUGACAAAAGGAGAAAUGGAUAUGUCUCUUGGACAUAAGCGAUCAUACGAUGAAGAAUUACCAUCAACUUCAUCAAAAAAGAUCAGUACUUAUGAAAACGAAGAAGACAUUACUCAAGAGGAUACGUUAAGCUCUGUUGCUGAACUUAAGUCUAUUUGGCAUGAUCGAGACCCUGAGACGGACUAUUAUAUUAUUGAUUUGGGAGAUGAGGAAACACUUAAUCAGGUUCACGAACUUUUGAGCGACUAUGAAUUGAAUUCUUUGUUUGAAAGGUUAAGAUUGACGGAUGAGGAUGAAUAUGUAAAAGGUGAAAAUAAAGACAUAACCGAUGAAAAAGACAACGAAGAGUUUGCAAAAAUGAAGGGGAAAGUUCAUCAAUUAGACAGACAAUCCGAAAAACUUCAUUAUCUAUCUAACACCUUUCCUAUACCAGUAGAGAGUUAUGAUCAAUCAAUGCCCGAUAUUUUUGUUAUUAAGAGCGUCUCUAGUCACCUUGAUACAAUCACAAAAAUGAAUGGUAUUAUGGGGAAUACUCCCGAACGCACGUGGACAGCUCACGUCGAUGCUCAAGAUAACGGGUAUAAAGCUGAUGGUGUCUUAAAGUUUUUUGAGCGACCAAGGCAAAUCCCGUUAUCUUUGCUUGAGGUGUCAGAAGGUCCCAAUAAUCCCGACCCAAAUAAAAUUAAUGGAGAUAGAAAGAAGCUGAUGAACGAGGGUAUUUAA